AUGAAGUCCACGCAUCAAAGAGAAAUACAAGCACUUACAGAUGAGGUUACAGAAGCAAAAUACAAGAUCAUGGAUCACACGAGCAGACUAGAAGAGGUAGAGAAUAGUACCACUGACCUUGUGGACGAUAAGGCAGAUUUCAAUAAACGGGAAGAACAGUCAAACAAUAUCAUCAAAGAGACGUUCACCUUUGCCUUAACUCUGGUCUUCAUCCAAUGUGUCAUCAAUGCUGCGUUUGCCAAGAUCUUGAUCCAGUUUUUUGACACUGCCAGGGUGGAUCGUACCCGAGGCUGGCUCUAUGCUGCCUGUUCUGUCUCCUACCUGGGCGCCAUGGUGUCCAGCAACUCAGCACUACAGUUUGUCAACUACCCAACUCAGGUUCUUGGUAAAUCCUGCAAGCCAAUUCCAGUCAUGCUCCUUGGGGUAACCCUCUUGAAGAAGAAGUACCCACUUGCCAAGUACCUGUGUGUGUUGUUAAUUGUGGCUGGAGUGGCCCUUUUCAUGUACAAACCCAAGAAGGUAGUUGGAGUGGAAGAGCACACGAUUGGCUACGGAGAGCUGCUCCUGCUCUUGUCUCUGACCCUGGAUGGACUGACAGGCGUCAGAACAAUGUUUUUAUGA